AUAAGUAUAUAACACCAAAUUUCAGCCAGAAUCCUGGAAUUAAAUUAAAAAUAAGUGGUUCCUUGCCCCAUGAAGCUAGAUUCGAUCCAGUCUGUCGUUUGCUGCUACAGACCAGCUGCUAUAAUUUAAAUCAAUCAUUGACACAACAAAUUAACAAAUAAAGUUUUUUAAUCUUUAUCAUUUUUGUAUUGGGAAUUUAGGUUUGAAGUAGUAGAUGAGUUGACAAGAUUUGGUGCACUUGUCCACAUCUGCCUUUUCACUCAAACGGAGCUAGAUUUGUGUUUACUGGAAUGGAAAACACAUGGGUUCGGAGUGACCGGUUCAGUAUGUGAUCUGUUAGACAGUGGCCGGAGCCUUCCAUGGGAGGCUGAAAUCCUGCUCUAUCACAGAGACCAUAUUACUAAAUAAAAUGGGAGAAUCAGUGAUCAGAAGCAAAGAAAGAAGAUGGUCUCUCAGAGGAAUGACUGCCCUCGUAACAGGAGGAACCCGAGGCAUAGGGCAUGCUAUAGUAGAAGAAUUAGCAGGAUUCGGCGCCCAUGUCCACACCUGUUCUCGUAACCAAGAAGAGCUCGAUCAAUGCUUGAAGGAAUGGAAAAGUAAGGGAUUUACAGUGACAGGAUCCGUCUGUGACCUUUUAGAUCGUGCUGAAAGGGAAAGUUUGAUCAAAACCGUCUCUUCUGUCUUCCGGGGCGCGCUCAACAUCCUUGUGAACAAUGCUGGGAGGGUUAUUGGUAAAACUGCCUUGGAAUUCACAGAAGAAGAUAUCUCAACUAUAAUGGCUGCUAAUUUUCAGUAUGCCUUCCAUCUCUCUCAACUUUCCCACCCUUUGUUGAAAGCUUCAGGAAAUGGAAAUAUUGUAUUUGUUUCCUCCGUCGCAAGUUUUAAGGCUACUUCCCAAUUGUCUUCUGUCUAUGCAGCAUCUAAAGCUGCAGUUAACCAAGUUACAAGAAACUUGGCAUGUGAAUGGGCAAAGGACAAGAUUCGUGUUAAUACAAUUGCACCAGGACUUAUCGCAACCUCACAACUGAAGUCGUUGAUGGAUGAUCCUCAAUGCAAGAAUUCUCUUGAGCAAAUAGUCUCUAGAACUCCUAUGUUCCGGGCUGGAGAGCCUGAAGAAGUUUCAUCACCGGUGGCAUUUCUUUGCUUCCCUGCUGCUUCAUACAUCACCGGACAAGUCAUAUGUGUUGAUGGAGGAUAUACUGCGAAUGGUUUCAGCUCAACUUAUAACAAAAACAAUUAAAUCCUUCAACCCUGAAGAGCUAAAACAUUAGAUGAUCGAUGCUUCUAAAUAAUGUUAUAGUUUCUCAGAAGACCAAGAUUGUCUGUUGUCUUAAUGACUUUGUAGUUCGUUUUACAUGGCUUUAGGGAACUUGUUCGCCUGAUAUAUAUCAUCGUAGCUGAUAUGGUUUUAAUGUGCAAUAGUUUUAGUUUUAAUUAAAGAUUUGUCACCUCUUGUGAAAAGAUUGAUAAAAUGGCUGCAGUGUACCACAGAUAAGUGGCGCCAGGCAAGAAAGGUAGUCUCUGAAGGGGAUGACUGCUCUCUUAACCAGUGGAGCUGAAGGCAUUGGGUUGCUGACUCCGACUUUUAUGCAAAUGAAUUACAUAAUGGCUUGGCUCACUAAUUAAUUAGCCUUCUUUUCGUAUUUUGCUUUAGAGAAUAGAGAUGCAAUAGUCAAAAAACUUGCAGGAUUUGAAGUAGCAGCUCACACUUGUUCUCGCAACCAAAGGGAGCUUGAUCAACAUUUGCGAGAACGGAAAGUGUGUUAAAUAAGUUGUAUAAUUUUAUCUGAUUCAAUUCGAUUUUAAUUUGAUCCGUUUUUAAUUUAA